GCAUUUAUCAAUCCAGAGGAUAUACUUGACAAACGUAUACAAGUGAAAUAUAAUGAACCGGAUGUGGAACGUGCCCGAAGAGCACAUCGCAACGAUCUUGAGAACAUACCACCCUUCCUUGUCAUUGGCUUCCUUUAUGUGCUGAUCAAUCCCAAUCCCAAGUUAGCUAUUAAUCUCUUCCGUGCUGUGGGUAUUUCACGCGUCGUUCACACCAUCGUUUAUGCUGUUUUUGUUGUGCCACAACCGAGUCGUUUGCUCUCAUUUAUGGUUUGUGCUUUGGCAACAACUUAUAUGGCCUUCCAGGUGAUACUGUUUUUGUUAUAAGGAGAGAGCAAAAAUUACAGAUUCUGUAGCAAGAAACGGGCAUUUAAAAAAAAAA